CGAUUCCCUCCCUGUCCUUUAUAUGUUCUCACUGGUUCAUGACGCUCUCACCAUUCUCUUUCUCUUAUCCAUGGACGCGAGUAACACCUUCUGCCGUUCGACUUCCUCUCCUUUCCCUUCUACCUCCCCUCUGCCCAAACCGCCGAUCCAUCAUCCCGUCGUCCACAGCCCUUGUGCAGCUUGCAAGAUCCUCCGCCGGCGAUGCUCCGGUGGCUGCGUGCUCGCGCCUUAUUUUCCUCCCACCGAACCUCUCGAGUUCACCACCGCACAUCGAGUGUUCGGCGCCAGCAACAUCAUCAAAUUCUUGCAAGAGCUUCCGGAGAUCCAGAGAGCAGAUGCUGCGAGCAGCCUGGUGUACGAGGCCAACGCGCGCGCCAGGGAUCCCGUGUACGGGAGCGCUGGAAUCAUCUACCAGCUCCAGAGACAAGCGGAGGGGCUGCAGUCCCAACUGGCACGGGUGCGGGCCGAGCUGGCGGCCAUGCAGGCACAGCAUGAAAACCUCAUAUCCAUCCUCUCCGUGAAACCGUGGCCAUUUCCCGCUGGCUUCGAGGAACACUACAGUCCUUACAUGUAUCGUGGUGGUUUUUCUUCCUUAGACGAGUACAGCCAGGCCUCCAUGUGGGAGGAAUCCCUGUGGGCAUGAAGGGCGGGGGAGGCCUUGUGAUUUCCUUGCUGCUUCUGCGUAGACUUUGGUGUGAUUCCUUUCUCCAAGGAAGAAGAAUUCCGUCCUUUCUCGAAA